UUCCUUUAGCAAUUCAGGCAAUGAUAUGGUAUUGUAAAAGGGGACAUUAGGACUUAUUAUAAAGGGAUGUACGUAAAAACCCUGUGAACCUCAUAUAGACAAGUAACCAUAUAUCUUAUAUCCAUUUUCAUUCAUUCACCAUGCAGACAAAAAGUGAACAGAAGAUUUAUUUGAAAAAAUAUCGAAGUAUGGAUUUUGAAAAUAGCUGAUAUUCAACCUUCUAGGCUGUCUUUCUAGUAAGCGAAGACAGAAAGGGACAGUCAGCAGAAAAAUGGAAGCAAACAAAUUCAUUAAAGAAAAGAGGAGUAACAGGAUAGGGGAGCUCAGUGCCAUAGAGUUACAAUAGUAGGGGUGUUUACUCUCCAUGGCUCUGCAAAAUCCUACAUGGUGACACUAAUUACCAUCGCACCAUUGAGAGCCGCUCGCCGAAUGUACAGACCAUGGACCAUGCAACGCAGGAGACCUAGAUUCUAUUCCUGGCUUUGCCAUUGGCCUGCUGGGUGAGUCACUUUGCCUCUCUGUACCUCAGUUUUCCUAUGUGUAAAAUAAAGGUAAUGAUACUGACCUCCACUGUAAAGCUCUUUGAGACCUACUGAUGACAAGUGCUUUAUAAGAAAUAGGUUCUCUAUGUAUUGUCUUUCAACAACACACAAACAUAAGAAUACCUAUCAGCUGAUUUAUCUACACUUCCUUUUACGGAGACAGGAAAAGCAGACACAUUUCUGAGUACGUCUCAGAAUAACUUCCUGAACCAGCACUCCUUCCUAAAUAAGAGAAAAUUCACCCAGUUGAAUGGCACACCCAUGGCACUAUAGCACAAACCCAGUCAGCAUGUUGCACAAUAUUAAUUAUUUUAGUUUCCUGACCUUCAGAAAGAUGCAUCAAAGUGCAAGGCUCAGAAGCUUUACACUUGUUUCCCUGAAUCACGCUAUCAAAAAGGUGAUGAGCAGCCUUCUAUCCCAUUUCAUAUCUGAUGAGAAUUGUCCCAUUUUUUCCUUUAAAAAAAAAAACAACCAACUACUCCUCUUACAUAUGAUUUUACAUUAAGGUAUUUUCUUACAAGACUCCAGACUACUGCAACAGAGGCUAUUUAAACGGCACAAUACAAAAAACCCCUAUAUGUACUUUAAAAAAAACAAAACACAAACUUUGGCAGUGCCCGAUUAAGGUCCAUUUGUAAUGCAUAGGCGCCAGGCGGCGGAGUUAAGGUUGGUGGGGGGGGAAACCGUACUCUGAAUUUCCUCAUUUUGGUACCGUUUUCGGUGGCACUGUUUAAAUUUCAAGCUGCACCCAGCUGUCGUACAGAAAACCCCCCUGGCCCUCGCUUGGUCUGUGAGCGCUGUACUGAGCGGGUGAGGGAGGAUCCCCGCCGCCUGCAGGGAGCGAAGGAGUCUGGGGCGGGAAAGCCUCGCCAGGAUGCGCAGCCGGGUCAGCAGGCCCGGUUCCUGCCGGGCUACAGGGCCUUGGGAGAGGCCGGCGGGGGCGGGGGCGGGGGCUGGCCCGGCGCUGCUGUGGCCCCGGCUGGGGCCAGAAGCCGCAGCUCAGGACCAAGGGCCGCCGCGGUGGGACGCAGCGAGGGCGGGGCCUACGCAAGAGCGUCCGGCUGAGCCACUGGGGCGCUGCCUCCGUCACGGUCGUGGGGGGCGCGUGCUCUCCACGCCUCCGCCGCAUCUAACAGGGUGAGCGCGGCUGCAGCGCGAGUCGCUCGCCCCCUGACGAACUUCAAGCCCGAGAACGGUGGCCCGGGUUUAAAUUCUGAGGCCAAAGUUCGGCGCAGCCCAGUGACGUUGUACCGAGGCGUUGGGAAAGGAGGCGGAAGCUAAGAACCAAAGCGGGCGGCCGGGAGCUCCGUGAAACCGCCGGGACGCCUCAGCGCGAGCGCCGCGCUCCCGCUGAGCCCUCAAUCCGCGGCGCGCGCAUGGGGUAAGCUCGGCGGCCGCCGCCCCGCUGCGGCCGGAGCUGGAAGUGCGGCAACAUGAGCAGCGGCCCCGGCACCCCGGGGAAAGCUGCGGGAUCCCCGCUCCCCGCCGGCCGGAAACGGGACUCGGGCAGGGCGGCGGCCCACCCUAUUGUCAAGGAUAUUGGAGAAAUUAAUUCCCGACUGCUGGAUCACAGGCCAGUUAUUCAAGGAGAAAUACGUUACUUUAUUAAGGAAUUUGAAGAAAAACGUGGCCUCCGAGAAGUGAGAGUUCUUGAAAACCUAAAUAUCAUGAUCUAUGAGACAAAUGACCAAAUUCUCCCUAAAUGUGAGCAGGUGAUGCAUGACGAUCUGAAUGAAGCGUUGAAGAGAUUGCAAGCAGCCAACCAUAGGAUCCUCAGACUCCAGCAGAGGGAGCAGGAAGAAAGAAAGCUUCAGACUGACACGCUAAUGGCUGGUGAAAAGCAGCGUCUAGACCAUUGGGAAGUGUUCAUGAAAGACCAACACAACAAACGAGCAGAAGUGGAUGAAGAGCACAGAAAAGCUAUGGAGCGCCUUAAAGAACAAUAUGCUGAGAUGGAGAAGGACCUGGCUAAAUAUUCUUCUUUUUAAGACCUUUUUCAUUGUUGUUGGAGUUUUUUGUGCCAGUACUCUUUUGCUUCAGACUUAUCAGAACAACACUGAGGUUCUUUCAGAAAGCCUAAUCAGAAUAAGAGUAAAAAAAACCUCACAUCCUGUUGUAACUAUAACAAAAGUUUGAUUUAGGAAGAAGAGUUUUGCAUACCUCCAACUUUAAGUGCCUCUACAAGCUGAUUUUGUUCAAGGUGAUUGGUGUUAUUACUAUCUUAGUUUGUAGGACAGGCCAGUCUAGAAAUGGAGUUCUGCCUUUAUACCAUGGCUACAUCAAUUUAGGGAGUUGCAAACUAGAAUUUCUUGGCUUGUGAAGACAGCCUUGUCUGCGGGGAAGAAAGCUUAAUUUAGUUUUUGUUAUCUCUGUAUAAGGCCACAGCCCUGCCACAGAGAGCAGGUAUAAAUGCAAACCAUUGGCUGAAAUUAGGAUGUACACACUCAUUAACAGUUAUUUUGAGAAAACGAGCAUGUCUUGCAAAACAGUGGAUUCUGAAAGGCUAGAAUGUGUUACUCAGAUACAGUUACAGCUGCAUUGUUAUGAAGUCUAGUUGAGAUAUUGAUUGCUCUCUUAAAAUAGGCACCACAAGAGUGGCUGUGAGGGCACAGGAAGCAAUGGUUUUUCUCUCUGUGUAACUGGCUCAUGGCUUUCUUGUAGCAUUACACUCCUAAGAAUCUCUUCCACCCCACCCCUGCCCAAACCACCUAAAAGUAACUUUUGAAAGUAUAUCAGUCCUUCCAUUAGCAUUUUAUCAGGUACAGUAUUUACGUUAAUUAUUCAUCCUGCCAUUGGUGCACUCAGUAGGAUGAGCAAUGCCCACCUUAUUGGGACUUGUUACCUAAAAUCUGUUGUGAUAAACUUAAUACAGUUGAGGAAAGAUACCUGCUUGCCAUUCUGACAAAAACAGAGAAGUGGCAUUAAAAGUGAAGCAUCCGCAGUAUUAAUUUGUGUUCUGAUUAACAGGAGUAUUUGCAAGCUCCUGUCAUCACCGUGAUCAUUUCUUUUGAUUUAAAAUCUUCAUGUAAUAGCAAUAUAACUGAAUAACUUAGCUUAAUUAUCCUUUUAUAAACCAAGUGAAAUUAAAUGCAAUAACAGAAUGAAACUUGAUGCAAGCUAAUUUGAGGGACAGGAAGAUCUUUCAAAUAUUAUUUUAAGUACUAUGUAAUAUAAAAUAAAAACAGGUAAAAAUAAACAGAACUUGCUCAUUA